AUGAAUGGGCAAGCGGCAGUUUUCCCCCUCCUUCUUUCUUUCUUUCUUUCUUUCUCUAAACCUAUCUGUCCAUUUCGCCCUUAUCUGUCUGUCUGUCUGUCUAUCUAUCUAUCUAUCUAUCUAUCUAUCUAUCUAUCUAUCGUAGGCUGUUUAUAUCUAUCUAUCGAUCGUAGGCUUUUCAUAUCUAUCUAUCUAUCUAUCUAUCUAUCUAUCUAUCUAUCUAUCGUAGGCUGUUCAUAUCUAUCUAUCGAUCGUAGGCUUUUCAUAUCUAUCUAUCUAUCUAUCUAUCUAUCUAUCUAUCUAUCUAUCUAUCGUAGGCUGUUCAUAUCUAUCUAUCGAUCGCUUUUCACAUUCAUCUAUCUAUCUAUCUAUCUAUCAUCUAUCUAUCUAUCUAUCUAUCGUAGGCUGUUCAUCUAUCUAUCGAUCGUAGGCUUUUCAUUCAUCUAUCUAUCUAUCAUCUAUCUAUCUAUCUAUCUAUCUAUCUAUCUAUCUAUCUAUCUAUCUCAGCCUGUGUGCGUAUACACACCUGCUCCUAUCUAUCUAUCUAUCUAUCUAUCUAUCUAUCUAUCUAUCUAUCUAUUCUGUCUUUUUAUCUAUCUUCUGUUUUAUCUAUCUAUCUAUCUAUCUAUCUCAGUUUGUUUAAAUCAUUCUCUCCCCCAUUCUAUUCCAUCCUCUCUCACGCUUUCUUCCUUUCCCUCUAUCUUUCUUUCUCUUACCUUCUCUCUCGCUUUCUCUUCCCCUCUGUCUGUUUACCUGUCUCUCUCUCUCUCUCUUUCUAUAUAUAUGAACCCGUCGCCAAAAAUCUAUCUAUCUAUCUAUCUUGGUUUGUUCAUUAUCUAUCUUGGUCUGUUCAUAUCUAUCUAUAUCUAUCUUAGUCUGUUCAUAUCUAUCUAUCUAUCUAUCUAUCUAUCUAUCUAUCUAUCUAUCUUGUCCCGAUACUUUUUGUAUGCCUUUUCGUAUUUCUAUCUAUCUAUCUAUCUAUCUAUUCGAGUUUCAUCAUAUCUAUCGAUAUAUCUAUUUAUCUAUCUUUUCUUCAUAUCUAUCUAUCUAUCUAUCUAUCUAUCUAUCUAUCUAUCUAUCUCAGCCUGUUCAUAUAUAUCUCAAUCUUUACAUAUCUAUCUAUCUAUCUAUCUAUCUAUCUAUCUAUCUCAGCCUGUUCAUAUAUAUAUCUCAAUCUUUACAUAUCUAUCUAUCUAUCUAUCUAUCUAUCUAUCUAUCUAUCUAUCUAUCUAUCUAUCUAUCUCAGCCUGUUCAUAUAUAUCUCCGACUUUAUCUAUCUAUAUAUCUAACUCUCUAUCUAUCUAUGAUCAGAAUGUUGAAGUUAUUUUUUCUGAAAAUGCUCAUCCUAAAAUUUGA